AUGGAAUUCCCCCCUCGCGACGUUUCUGACGUUGUACACCGCAUAGCAACCCUCUUGCGGGCCCGCAACCACACUUUGGCUGUCUCAGAAGCUGCCUGUGGUGGUCUUUUGUCGGCCUACUUGGUGUCGGUUCCAGGAGCCUCUGAUUUUUAUAUUGGUGGUAAACUGUUGUAUUCGCUUAAACAACGAUUGAGACUCAGCGGGUGGCUGGACCAAGAAAUACAGUCGUAUGUGGGCCCUUCUGAGCUGGUGGCGUUGAAGUUGGCUCGUACCACCCGCUAUGAGUUGGGUCUGACUUAUGUUUUGUCUGAGACUGGCUACGCUGGACCAUCUACGGAUCUUCAUUUAGGUGCUCCAGCGGGAGCUGAUGCCGUAGGCACCGUUUUUUUGGGAGUGAGUGGGCCCAAUGGCGAAAUCAGCACCGUUUGUCGCACUGGCAAGAAUGACCGAUCGAGCAAUAUGAUUGAGUUUGCACGACACGGGCUUGAGUUUUUGCUCGAGCAGUUGGAGGGGGAGGAGAGAAAAGAGGAAGAGAACCGAGGAAAAGAGUGA